AUGGCCGCAGAGUAUCCACCUCGCGACCGGUUGUCUCUGCGCGCCUACAUCCGGGCGCGCUUGCGGAGUCGCGGCCUGCUUGAAUUCGCAGAUGACGAUGAGGAGGCGCGUAUUAGCGCCGACCUUGUCUAUAUGAAUUGUGGGCGGUCGUGGUAUGAGGACGCACUGUCAAAGUCUAACUUGGAGCUGGAACCCGUGCUAGCCACAAGUACGGACGUCCCUGUGCAAAGCAUAGCACUUGUACUAACAGUCUCGCUCUGGAUCCCACCCUUCCACAUUACCACACCACCACCACCACCACCAUCAUCACCAUCCUUCUACACGACCACCACGACCAAGAACACGGUGCGCGACAAUGACGAGUUCUGGUCCAGUACCGGCGCCACCAGCACAGCCGCGGGCGAGGCGCUGCUGUACAGGUUGCGUCCGCCCCUCAGCAAAGUGGCCUACGUCAGCCUGGCCGUGUUCCGGGCGUUCUACCAGCACGGGGACCCGCUGUACCCGCCCCGCAAGGUGUCCUUCCUGACGGGCCCCGCCCCCAACCAGCUCUACCCGGCCUCCCCGAUCUACCCGGUCCGCCUCACGGAGGAGGUGCAGGUGUUCGCGGUGAGCCCCACAGCUGCGGUCAGUCAGUACUUGAUGAUCCGACUGCACGGCAGGCUGCAGCGCCAGUGGGAAGACUUGCAGUUCUACAUUGCGAUACGGCACGUGGCAGCGUACGGCACUCCAGUCAAUCUGUCGUACGGCCUCCAGGUAGCGCGCCUAGCCCGCAACAACGGCCUCGCGUGGCCCAGCACACGCGGCCUGGUUGCGCCAGCGGCGGUGGUGGGGAACGGGGAGGGCUGCCGGGAGGCGGCGUACGGCAGCACAUGCAGCGGCGGCGGGGCGCCAUUGUCUCGGCGGUCGGGCGGUAGGCGGCCUCCCCAGGAGCUGUGGCUCCCGGAGGACGUGUACGAGGCGGGUCCUGUCUCAUCCAAGGAGUCGUCCUGCAGAGUGUGUGUCUCUGUCGGUAUUUCCAUCGUGCGGUGCUGCCCUCGGGACCCACGGAUUGGGAGCUACGGCUGGCAGUGCAGCAUGCUGGCCUCCAGAGCCCUGCCGCACCUAGUCCAUGUGCCCUGGCCCGAGCGGAUCCUGGAAAAGCAGAACCGUUACUGCAAUCGCCACCAGCAGCAGCCGCAACACCAGCAGCAGCCGCAAUGGGGCCGUGCAGCCGUGCAGCGCUCCGCCGCCGCCCCCGCUGCGGCCCCCGGUCUCUUUGGCAUUCUCGGCGACCGCCUAGUACGGCACGCCCAUGGUACGGCCAUGAGUGAUGCGACGCAGCAAGAAUACGGUGUUCAUCUGCCGCUGCGUUCCGUGACUGAGGCAUCCGAUGACGACGAAGGCGGCGACGGAAUGGUAGCUGGCGGCGGCGGCAACAGCCCCGACGGACUAGGCAGGGGGAGCGGCGGCGGGAGAGGCAAUCGGGCAGCUGGUCGGGCGGGGGGGCCAGCGGGAGGGCAGGUUACCGUCCUGCGGCGCCUGCGGGAGUGGGUGGUGGCGGCGGCGAGGGGUACGGCGGCAGAUGUAGGCCCCGCCGGCUUGGACUCCGACACGGACAUAUACAUGGACGCACAAGCCGAAGACGUGGACGUAGCGGGCGGCAUCGCCAAUACGACCAGCCGUCGGAGCGGUUUCUGGCCUGGCAUCGGCCUCGUCGCUGGCGGCGGCAGUGGCGGUGCAGCUCCCGUCAGGGACUUGGCCACCCCGGGAUAUCUGCGGACUUCCGGAAGCAGCUCCCUAGGACGGCGGGUUGACGCCGAGGAGGAGGGGAAGGAGGACGAAGGGGAGAAGGAGGAAGGGGAGGAGCAAGGCGGGCCUGACGUUACGCUGGAGUUGCUACGGGAGGAUUUGCCCCCGCGCGGUGGCGAUGCGGCGACGACGACGACAAGGAUGGCGGCGGCGACGGCGACGGCGGCUUUCCCCCCUGGAUCGGCCGCCCCGCAGGUCUUCUUCGCCGCCGACGCCAGCGGUGCCAGCAGCGCCGCGGGGGGGUGGGCGGCCCGUUUGCAAGCGCUAGCGUUGUCGUACCUGCAUUUACGGAGCCCCGCGGUCGCAUCAAGGAUGCCGGUGGACUCCCAGGAGUUGCUGCUAGCGUUGAGUCAACGAAUGUCGCUUCAGCAGCAUGAUGCCGAGGAGGUGGAGGCAGGGCGGAGGGCGCAAGGCGCCUCUGCCACGACUGGAGCGGCUGGGCCGGCCGCGGCUGCCUCGACAUCGUUAGCAUUGAAGUCCGGCGAGAACGCUAUACAGCAUACGCGGCCUCUGCAGCUCCUGCCGCCGCCUAAGCUGCAACGUCGCGGCGAUGCCGUGCUAGGCGCAACGCUGGCUGCUGGGAGGUCCGCGGCUGUUGGCGGCGGCGGCGGUGGCAGGGGCUGCGUCGCUGCCGAGGCGCAGCGGCGGCGGCAGCGGCGCCACCUGCGGGCGGUGCAUCGGGCCAUGCAACCGGCACUAUACUGCCCGUACAGAAACAGCGCACUUUUCAUUGCGCUUGAGGCGUGGGCGGGCGUUGGGGCCAGCAGUGGCGGUGCCGGCAGUAGCAGUAGUGCUGUGCCCCAGGUCGCCGCCGCCAACGCGGCGGCAGCAGCGGCAGCAGCUCCAGGCAGCGGCGCGGGCAGCAAUAGCAGCAACGCGGGGUGCUGGCUGGUAACGCAUUACGACCACGAGCACUUGUGA